AUGCCAGCCCGCCAGGUAAAGCGUCCCUACGCCGGCUCUCAACCUCAAAUAACCUCCUAUUUCACCACCGGCUCCACAUCUCUCCCCGCACCCCCUCCUCCCUCCCAAUAUCAACCCCCUCUCCCGCAUCCCAUCCAAUCUUCCCUCCUAUCCGUCGGCAUGCGCAUCCGCAAAUCUGUCCCUGAAGGGUACAAAACCGGUUCCUAUUCUGCCUUCAAUUUAUUCUCAGACAAUACACCCGCCAUCAAAUCACACACUUCUUCCACAUCUCCCGGGUCGACCCCCGCACCAUCGAAAUAUAAAGCCACGAGACCCCGCGCGGGAAUCAGGGAACUGACGCCUUUCUGUGGGCUAAUGAAGGUUGGGGGGAUGGGCGUGCAGGGAUAUAAUGAAUCUGGAGAGGCGAUCGAAGAAGGAGAUGAAGAGGACUACGAAGAUAGGAUCUGGGACAGUAGUCAAGAGAGUAUGAUGAGUAAUGGCAGUGUGGGAAGUUACGGUGGUGGCACUGGGGCUAAGAGGCGAUUUAUCGAUGAUGAUGAAGAGGGUGGGAAUAUAUUUGGAGAGAGAAAUGAGGAAAGAGUAUUGAUGGAUGUUGGGGACCGAAGGAUUGCGAUGCCGAAGUCGAGGAAGAGUGAGAAGGGUGGAGGCAACAUGACGACAAGAUUUAAUGGGGAUGAGAAUGCAGAUAUGGAUUUUGGGGAAGCCGACUUUUUGGAUUAUGGUUUAGUGGAGGAAGUUCAGAUGGGUGGUGUUUAG